AUGGAAAACCAUGCCACUACUUUGUGGAAAGAUCUCCAGCGAGAGAACAAGCUUCCUUUAGGUGGUGUGCUGAUGAGUUCCUGUGAGCAGGAGUUGCAAGAACUGGUACGACAGAUUGACAUUAUGGUGAAGAGUCGAGAAAAUCAACUGAGGCAGCAGACAAGAAGAGUCCAGAAACAACUGGAAUCAAAGACCAAAGAAUGUUUGCAGCAAAAACAAACACUUGAUGAAAACUUUAAAAAGAUUAUGACAUUACACAGCCAGUUGGAUAAUACAGCUAAAGAAAGGCAAGAUGUGGUACAUAUGUAUGAAACUCAACUCUCAGAUCUCAAGGCAGAGGCAUCCAGGUUAAGGAAUGAGCAUGAACGGUUGCACAAGAAAUACCAACGCAAAAUGCGAGAUAUGGACAAACAGGGAAGAACUGCAUCUGAGUUGGAUUUGGAAAGGAGCAAUGAAAUCAAACAAUUAACCAAUCAGCUUAAGGAAUCUGAGGAGCAAAAUCAAAACCUUGAACUGAAAAAUAAGGAACUGGUUAGCCAAAUGGAAAAUCUUGAUAUCAAAUACAGAGGACUGAGUGACAAGUAUCAGAUUCAACAGCAGUUGUUAGAAAGCAAGGAACAGAAAUUCAACUCUGAAAGAGAUAUGCUGGAGGAUCAAUUGACCUCCGUAAUGGCUACAGUCUCAGCAAAAGACACCUGCAUUGACAAGAUGCAGGCUGCCAUGGAGUUGUUGUCUAAAUCCCAGAAACGAACAAUUGAAGAAAACAAGCGACUACUUCAUGAUCAGAAGGUGACCAAUUCCAACUUGCAGACACUAGAUACUGAAAAGAGAGAAUUGAUUCAGAAAGUAGACGACUAUGAGAAACAGAGACAAGAGGAUGACCAAGAGAUACAGAACCUCCAAGAUCAAAUUUUGAAGAAAGAUGAAGAAUUAACUGAUUUGAGUAACACAGAGAAAUUACUGAAAGAAGCAAUUUGUGCCAUGAAAUUGGACCUGGAGGCUAAGAAUAAACAAAUCUCCCAACUGGAACAACAAACAGAAAAUCUGAAGAGUAAUCCAAGUGAAGAAUUACAAAAUAAGCAAUUGACUAGUGGACAAUUGGAUUCUCUUCGGUCAGAAAAUCAUCUUCUCCGUCAGGCUCUGAUUCAACAGAAGGGCACAGUAACCAAUGAGCAAAUGGAACCACGAGACAGUUACACACUGGCUGUAGAGCUUUCCAAAGUUAAAAAUGAAAAACUUGCCUUACAAAAAACGGUAAAUGAACUGUCGACUCAGUUAAAGAACUGUGAGAUAGAUUUUCGUCAGAAAAUACAAGACGUGAUGAAGAAGGCGCAACAAGCAGUAGAAGACAUCAAAAGUAAACAUGCUUGGAAAAUUCAGAAAACAAUGGAAGAAACAGAAAAAAAGCUUCAGCUUCAAUGGGAUGAACGACAGCAAUUGGCUCAACAGCAGGCAGAAGAAGAGAUAAAAUCAUUAAAACAGCAAAUUGCUAACCUUGAACAAGAAUUGUCUGAAGAGAAGGAGAACAGUAAGAAAGCUGAAGAAGAAGCUGAUGUUCUGAGUCGCUUUACUAAAGAAGUUGAUGACAUUGUACAACAGUCAACUCCAACAUCCAAGCAGGUAGCUAGGAUUCAGGCAUCUUCACAAAUUGUAAAUGAUGCUAGAGCUGAUGAUUCAGUGUUUAGCAUUGAAAAAGUGAAGUUCCAAGAGUAUCUCUCUGAGGAAGACAAUCGCCGAAAGGAAUGGGAAGACAGUUUUGAAAAGAAUUUGCAACAAAUCUGGCAGAAGACUGAGGCCACCCUACAGCAAUUCAUUGAAAAUACAUGA